AUGGAGGGGGCCGGCGCCACCGUGCUCGUCACCGUCCAGAGGGUCUACUACCCUCUGCUCUUCGUCGUGGGCAUCCCAGCAAACCUCUUCACAUUCUACAUGAUCUGCUUCCGUAAGUGCGGGAUGUCAGACACGGCCAUCAUUUAUCUGAGCUGCCUGGCCAUCAUGGACACCUUCUACCUGGUGUGGGUGAUCCUCGUAGACCUGACCCUCACCUUCUGGCUGCUGCAGCCCUUCUGGAACUCCAAUCCCUGGUGUUCCAUCCUGGGAGUGCUGCAAUACGGAUCCCUCUACAGCUCCUCCUGGAUCGUGGUGGUGUUCACCAUCGAGCGCUACCUUGUUCUCCGCAGCACAGCGGCCAAGCAGCACUUCUCCCAGGCCCAGGUCACUAAACUCACAUGUGUGGCGAUCGUCCUGGUGUCCCAUGUUGUGUCUGUGCCGCUGGGCUGGAUCAACAUCGUCUCACCUGUCAACAUUACUGUGGACGGACACAAUGUGACACUGCCCCGGUGUCGCUACCGCGACGAGGCCUACUCUACGUAUAUAGUGUGGAUAACUACCUUCCUCUCAGGGGGAAUCCCCAUCGUGUUGGUCAUCAUCUUUAACUACCUCAUCGGCUACCAUCUGUGCCACGCCAGCAACCUCUUCACCAAGGAGGAGCGUCGUGUGAUGCAUGGGCGGAGCACCAGGGGCAUGUUGAGGAGGACCAUCCUGCUCCUGGGCACCGUCUCCGUCACCUUUGUCGUCCUCAGCCUGCCCCGCUUUGUCACAUACUGCAUCCUGAGGACCAAGUACAACAAUGAGAACUUCAACAGGAACGACUACAACAUCCCCAUCAAUGUGGCCGGAGACCUGGCCAACAUGCUGCAGAACCUUAACUCCACCACCAACUUCCUGCUCUACUGCAUGGUGAGCCGCUGCUUCCGCCGGGAGCUGCUCCAAGUGGCUACCUGUAAGGCUAAGGCCCGUGCUCUGGGCUCUGUUCUCACCCACACCACCAUGAGGGUCUUCUCUGUGGCCAAUCAUAAGGCCUUGCCAUCCGCUGACCCUGUGACUGUGGUGCUGACCAAUCUCAAACUGACGGAGUAG